AUGGUCAUCACUGCAACGGGCGACCGUAUGCGGAUCUUGGUGUGUCCCUCGGGCUUCAAGGGCAGUCUCCAACCUGACGUUGCCGCCGACUGUAUAGAGGCCGGCAUCCUACGUGUAGAGCCCAAUGCGUCUGUGCACAAGGUGCCUCUCGUUGACGGCGGGGAGGGCUUCACCCGAGCCUUGGUGGCCGCCACGCAGGGUUCCAUGCACCCCGUCACCGUUUCUGGCCCUGUCGGGGAUCCCGUCGACUCUUACUUCGGCUUCCUAGGUCAGAAGUCUGUGCGGACAGAGGUCAAGACGGCCGUCAUAGAGAUGGCUGCCGCCGCCGGCCUGAGCCUUGUCCCCUCUGCUUGCCGGGACCCCGGCAUCACUACCACCUAUGGCGUCGGAGAGCUGAUCCUUGCCGCCAUCGACGCCGGCGCGCAGCGAGUCCUGGUCGGCUGCGGUGACUCGGGAACCUGUGACGGCGGUGCUGGCAUGCUGCAAGCACUCGGCGCCCGUCUCCUGGACCGAGACGGCAACGACCUGCCCACAGCGCAGGGCGGCGAGUCCUUGGUACGGCUCGCAUCGAUCGACUUCGCCGGUCUUGACCCGAGGGUCCGCAGCGUGUCCAUCUCCGCCGCCGUCAACUGGCACAACGUCCUCUGCGGCCGCAAGGGCGUAGCGCAUGUCUUUGGCCCGCAGAAGGGCGCCACCCCUCUCCAGGUCGAGCGUCUGUCCUUGGCUAUGGAUGCCCUCGCUCGCGUUGCCGGCCCUAUCCUGAAGGAUUCCAAUGUCGGACUCUCACCUGGGAGUGGUGCCUCAGGUGGGCUCGGUGUUGGCCUGCGGCUGAUAGGCACCACUCUGAGGCCGAGGUAUGACCUGGUCAUGGAGUAUCUGUCUCUAGAUGGAAUCUUUGACCACUGUGACCUCGUCCUCACAGCCGAAGGCGGCUUGGACAACCAGACGCCCAUGGGGAAGAUCCCUGGAGAGAUUGCCCGCCUGGCCAAGAAGAACAACCUGCCUGUCAUUGCGAUCGCAGGUACGAUCGGGACCGGCGCCAGGGUCAACUACGAUAUUGGCAUCGACGCCUUUGCGUGUAUCCUACAACGGCCAACAACGCUCGAGGACGCUGUCAAGGAAGCGGAACGGUUGACUACGGAGAGUGCUGAGUCGGUCAUGCGGCUGGUAUCCAUCGGUCGCAUACUAGGGAUCAGAAGCCCCUUCACGCAGGUGAAGACGAUCUGA